AUGCGCGAGGACCUGCUGCAGGCCCUGCUCCUCUACUACAUCGGCUCCAAGAUCUCCACGUUUCUAAAGCAACACCUGAGAUCCUUCCGCAAGGCCAAAGAAGGCGCAUGGGCGUCACCACACCGCAAGAUGGACCCACGGGAUCGGGCUCGCAGGCAGUACUACCUCCGCGGCAGAGGCAGCGCCAGAAACAGCAUACAGGGCCUGCGCGACAAAGUCUAUCGGAAGCACUACUUCCUCUCUGCCCUCAAGAAGACCGUGUCCGAGACGUCGCAGCACGUCGCGGGCGAGAUGGAGGCGCAGUACUCCGGGACCCCUUAUGCGACCUUCUCAGUUCGCCUGUCGAGCACGGCGUCGGAAUGUGUAUCGACACGCGUUCGAACCACACGACAGGCGAGGGCAGUAGAGCAGAGAGGUGUGCGUCAGCUCGCAGGCCGAUACCUCUGA